GAAAAAAAUAAUUUUUAUGGCCCUACUUGCUCCGCACUAUUAAAUUGAACUGACCCUACCGACUUGUUUUCUUGAAAACCCAACUAAAGCCCUCGUAGCGGAGAGUUUCUCAGAAGGGAGAGUCGAUCUCCGAAGUCGAAUCAUGUACGGUGGUGAUGAAGUGUCAGCAAUUGUGAUAGAUUUGGGUAGCCAUACUUGCAAAGCUGGUUACGCUGGCGAAGAUGCUCCCAAAGCCGUUUUCCCAUCUGCUGUUGGAUCAGUUGAUCAAAUGGAAGAUGAUAAUCCUGAUAAUCCGGAGGAUAAUUCUGGAUCUGCUCUUGAUUCUAAAUCAAAGGUUAAGAGAAAAUUGUAUGUGGGAUCUCAAGCCUUGGGAUUUCGCCGUGAUUUCAUGGAGGUGAUAUCGCCCAUCAAGGAUGGGGUGGUUGUGGACUGGGAUAUUGUAGAAAACAUAUGGGACCAUGCUUUUAGGGAAUGCUUACUGAUCAAUCCAAAGGAGCAUCCAAUGUUACUUGCAGAGCCUUGUUCAAACACUCAGCAGCAGAGGGAAAAGGCUGCAGAAAUGAUGUUUGAAAAAUACCAAGUUCCAGCAUUGUUUUUGGCCAAAAAUGCUGUUCUCACAUCUUUUGCAUCAGGACGUGCAACUUCUUUGGUUGUUGACAG